AUGGCCAGCAUAUGUUUCGGAGUUAUGGUGGGAAUUUCCUUUAUUGGAUUGUACUUCUACUGGUUUCGCGAGCAAGCAGCUAGUUCGGUUGUUGAACCACCGUCGGAAGCAGCAUGGGAUGAAGACAAAUCAGGACAGAAAAGUCUGUCGUCGUAUGGCUCGCCUGCCAAAAAAAGAAGUUCGCGUAAGAAACGAAAAAAUCGGAGAAGAGAAUCAGCUGGAAAUGAUGGAAAUGAAGAAAGGAAGUCCAGAAAGUCAAGAGGCAGACGUAAAAGCUCAAGACGGAGAGGCAGCAGCCAAAAUCAACCACUGCUGGGGGAAACUGAAAAAUCAGAGCAAGUAGAUGAUACCAAAGCCAUAAAAAGUAACACCGAUGUAAUUAGCAAAGUAACGAGCAAAGAAGCCGUAUCAAUUAGUAAAGAAGACAAUAAAAUUAACAUAAUCACUAUUAACAAUGAAUGCAAACCACAGAAACAAAGGCCUGGGUUUUUUACAAAUUCCUUAUAUAAACUGCAACUAGUACUAAAGAUGAUUGAAAAUUCGAAAUAG